GAGUCCCAGAGAGCAGUGACACACUUGAACUCUCAUCCAUGCUUCUGUGAUACCCCUCACUAUUCAUAGUGUCACAAUUUGACAGUUUGAACAUCAAGUACCGCUGUGAUGUAUACAAACCCCACACUGGACCACGACACGUACAAGACAUGGACAGCUUGGAGGAGGAGUUAAAAAGGAAGCAGAACAACUCACUUGUGGGCAGACCAGUGAAGAAGAGAGACUUUGAAGGGACCUGGCCAGAGGGCCAAAUCACAGGAAGAUGCAGGCCACUGUAGAGGCAGAAUGGCCAGCGGCAGCAGCCCCAGUAGAGAGCGAGCUGCCACACCAGGCCCGGCCAUGAGGAGGUGCCAGCGCUCCAAGUCCCACUACAGCUAUGCACUACAUGUCAAUAAAAUGUGUAGAUGUACGGAAAAACCACCACAAAACCAAGUGGCUAAUGCCUUGGGGACCCAACCAGUGUGAGAAGAUCCGAGAUCUUGACGAGGCAAUGAGCAGACAAAUAGAAGCCAAUGACAUUGUGUUUGCUGUUCACAUCCCCCUCCCCAAGAAGGAGAUGAGUCCCUGGUUCCAGUUCAUACUUGUUAUCCUGCAGCUGGACAUUGCGUUCAAGAAAAAUAAUGAGAUAAAAGACAAUGCAGAAGUUACGCUUGAUGUGUCCUUGGCCUAUCGUGAUGACAUGUUCGGUGAAUGGAAAGAAAUGGCGCAUGCGAUAGAGACCCGAAAGCUAAAAUGUUCUUUUGCCUCUCCAAAAACCAUAGAGCAUGAAGGCCGACACUAUGACUGUGAUGCGCUCACUUUCAUGGAAAUUGGAACUGUUGCUCACAAAUUCUACCUCCUCAACAUUCGACUCCCUGUGAAUGAAAGGAAACAAAUUAAUGUGGGAAUUGGGGAAAUAAAAGAUGUUCGCCUGGUGAGUAUCCAUCAAAAUGGAGGUUUUACAAAGGUGUGGUUUGCAAUGAAAACCUUCCUCACGCCUAGCAUCUUCAUCAUCAUGGUUUGGUAUUGGAGACGGAUCACGAUGAUGACACGCGCUCCUGUCCUGCUAGAAAAGGUAAUCUUUGCUCUUGGGAUCUCCAUGACGUUCAUAAAUAUCCCAGUAGAGUGGUUUUCCAUUGGAUUUGACUGGACUUGGAUGUUGCUCUUUGGAGAUAUUCGACAAGGACUCUUCUAUGCCAUGCUUCUGUCAUUUUGGAUAAUCUUUUGUGGCGAGCACAUGAUGGAUCAAAAUGAACGAAAUCGUCUGUCUGGGUACUGGAAACAGGUUGGGCCCAUAGCUGUUGGUGCCUUCUGCCUUUUCAUCUUUGACAUGUGUGAGAGAGGGGUACAACUGAAAAAUCCAUUCUACAGUAUCUGGACCACAGAUGUUGGCACGGAGCUGGCUAUGGCAUUUAUUAUAGUGGCAGGAAUCUGCCUUUGCCUCUACUUCCUGUUUUUGUGUUUCAUGGUGUUUCAAGUGUUCAGAAACAUUAGUGGGAAACAAUCCAGCCUCCCAGCAAUGAGCCAGGUUCGCAGGCUUCAUUAUGAGGGGCUGAUUUUUAGGUUCAAGUUCUUAAUGCUCAUCACUCUGGCCUGUGCAGCAAUGACUAUCAUCUUCUUCAUUGUCAGUCAGGUGACUGAAGGCCAUUGGAAGUGGGGGGACUUCACAGUACAGGGGAACAGUGCCUUCUUCACAGGCAUCUACGGGAUGUGGAACCUCUACGUCUUCGGUCUUAUGUUCCUAUAUGCUCCAUCACACAAGAAUUAUGGUGAAGAUCAAUCAAAUGGUGACCUCGGAGUAAGUAGUGGGGAGGAGCUUCAGCUCACCACCACCAUCACCCAUGUGGAUGGGCCCACCGAGGUUUACAAGCUGGCUCGCAAGGAGGCUCAGGAAUAACUCCUGGAACACCUCGCUUGGGACAAACACAAUGAAGUACAAUACACAGAUUGAGACAACGUCCUCCUUGAGCAGACAUCAGAAGUAACUCGCUCUACAAAUGCCCAGUAUUUAUAGUGUGCUCACUGAGCAGUGGAACUAAAAUAGAACCUUUUAUAAACUCUUUUUUAAUAUGGUGUUAUCUCUGGGGGAGGGCAGGAUAUGUAUUCUAUAUUUUACAGACAUGCUAAACGAACACUAAGGAUGCAAAAUGAAAUAUUUCAAAGAGUUAAAAGCUAGGAUUAAUUUUGCCUGCGGAAUCUUAAUUUGGCUUCUUGUGUGUAUGCAGGAUGAUAGUCUUUAAUUACUGGGGUUUUUACAGAGGUCUCCUGCCUCAUUAAUGCACAAAAUACAGUGCUCACUUAAGAAGAGGUGUUCAGUAUUUUUUGUUUUUCUUUUGUGUGUAAUUUUCCUCAUAAACACACACACAAUGCAAAAUUAUAUUCUGUAUCUAACCAUAUUGACACCCUCUUCCCCCUUUCUCCCCCCACCCCCGGUUGGGUCACUGGCAGGGUUCAAACCUUUAGACCUGUAGCACAGACUUCUGCCACUUAAGCUAACAGUGACUGGUAGCAGUAGUAGGCUGUUACCUGGUGUGUGGACUGGGCACUAAAGAGGGAAGACAGAUGCACACUUUACUAGUGAGUUUCACAGCUAUUUGGUGACAGAGGAAUGUGGAAACUCUGAACUCCUGGAUUAUUUUCCAAGUCCUAGAGGGGAGUAUAGUCUAGUGGUUAUAAACCAUUCUGCUCUUGUCCCCCAACUUUCCUGUAUCCUCCUGUCUGCCCCACUCCCAUUGGGCAGUGCUUUUAUAUUGUGAUGCCAGCUUUUCCCAACCUAGAACUAAAAAUUUCCCAGAUAGAAGCACUGUAAAAAACUAUAUCAUGGGAAAUUUCCCAAAACCUGGGAAUUUGUGAGUAAAAUGUUUCAACUUGGGAAACUGGGAAUUUUCAUUCAAAACAUUUUACGUAAAAAUUCCAAGAUUGUGGGAAAUUUCCCAGGAUAUAGAAGCACUAUCAUUGGGCUGCUGAAACCCCUUCUCUCCCUCACCCCGUCUUCCAUUUCUCUGCAUUCUAGUGAUGGCUCCUUAUCCAUGAUGCCUGGGUGUCAGGAGAGGGAGCACUGAGGACACAGGAGAGACUGUCUCCCUCUGUUCCUGUGCCCAGUGCCACAGCAUCCUGCAGCAGCUAGGAGGAGCAGUUGCAGGGCAACUCCUACUCAGAGGCUGCAGCACUAGCAUGGAGCAUACUCUGAGAUGGAAUGUCUGGGGAACUUAGCUGCCAAAUCUGCACUGAGCAUGUGAGAACCAAUAUUUUUCAGUGUCUCAUAACUUGGCCAAACUUCCUGACCAGUUCUUAGACUCUCUGGGGAGUUUAGCUCUGGCAAUGUCCUGCAGACAACUGCACAGGUGAGCAGGACUUUCCCUGCAAUUGCUGCUCUUGGCUGCUGCAGGAUGCUGUAGUGCUGCACACGGUAUUAAGUCCUGUGCGCUUCCUGCUAAUGCCCAGGCAGUGUGGAGGAAGAAACAGCCUGAUUUCAAAUGCAGAGGGGACGAUCCAGAUCUGGAGGGAGAGGGAGUGGAUUAGGAUACAUGUGGAUUGGGGGUGUAGCGGAGAGGGACUGUGACUGGGCAGGGAGAUUAGGAGGAGGAGCUAGAGCUGUGAUGAGGGAGAGAGGAAAACUAAGACAAGCAUGGGCAGGGCUGGCUUUAGGCCAAUUCCACCAAUUCCCCGAAUCGGG